GAGGGCGAGGGCUCGCUCGCUCACUCGCUCGCUCGCUCUUCCCUCGCGCGCGCUUGGGAAAAUGUUACGCAGGUUCUAAAAUGGAACGUUAGCGGCGGCGUGAUUGAGCUCUAGAGUGGAGAGGGGGGGCCGGAGGAAGUAAGAGCGAGAACAAACAACGAUAGCCGGCGCGCACUUGGGUACUUCCCUCAAUCUGCGAACAGCCACCACCUCCGCCACCUUCUUCCUCCCUGUAUGGAGCUUUCCGCUAUUGGGGAGCAGGUGUUUGCUGUGGAGAGCAUCAGGAAGAAGCGCGUAAGAAAGGGUAAGGUGGAAUAUCUGGUGAAAUGGAAAGGAUGGCCCCCCAAGUACAGCACAUGGGAACCUGAGGAACACAUUCUUGACCCCCGUCUGGUGAUGGCUUAUGAAGAAAAGGAAGAAAGGGAGCGUGCCUCAGGUUACAGAAAGAGAGGUCCCAAACCUAAGCGUCUCUUGCUGCAGAGACUAUAUAGCAUGGACCUGAGGAGUGCCCACAAAGGGAAAGAGAAACUCUGCUUUUCUCUGUCCCGGAGGUUUGGGGGAGGAGGAAACAACUUGGCAGGGGCCAAGGGAGGGCAGACAGAACUGUCUGAGAAGAGUGGGGGAGCGGUCCUGCCCUUUCCUCUUCGGAAACAGAGCAAGAACCAGAAGUAUCUACGCCUUUCACGGAAAAAGUUCACCCGCAUGUCAAGCCUGGAGAAUCGGAAUCGUCGUCGAGAGUUCUUCUUGAAGGAGCCUGUGGUCCUUGAGGACAGGCAGCCACCCAGUGAUUGGGAUGAUGCAACACAAUCUCCUGCCAAGGAAGUGGGCCCAGAGACAGCAGAAGGUCCUUUUUCCUGGAGCCCUGCAUUGCCCCCAAAUGAAGUGACAGUUACAGAUAUCACCGCAAACUCCAUUACCGUGACUUUCAGAGAAGCUCAGAUGGCAGAAGGCUUCUUCCGAGACCGGAGCAUCCAGUUCUAAAUCUGCUGUUUGUUAACUUUUCUUUCUCUCUCUUGGUCUUUCUUUAUUAAGGGAAUUUUUGAGUUUGAGUUAUUCCUUCAUUCCCAAUCACAGGUUUCAUUACAAUUUCAGUACUAUUUAGAAAAAAAGAGAAUUUGGGGGGGAGGGGGGAAUCCCUUUACAAAUGUUUACAGAGCAUUUUGGUUUUUUUGAACAAAUGAUCAUGCUGACAUUCUUUUUGGUUGUAUUCACCUUUCAAAUAUACAAAGCAAAGGUAGAGCAGUGUGAGGAUUACCUGUGCUUUCCCCCCUUCAUUUGUUACUAUAGAUAGAAAAAGAGUGUAUGGAUAUAUUACUUGUCUGUUGUUGCUUUGUCUGUCUGGGAAACUGAAGCUUUUUUUCACUGGCAAAGAUACUUAUUCAUGGUGCAUUGUGGAAAAAUAUCAAUUUCUUAGUUAUGGCAUAUACCUUCUGCACUCAAAAGUUAAGGGCUCGGUGUCUGAAAUAGGAAAGAGGCCAAAUAUAAAUAUCCAUGACCUCUUCCAAAUUCAGUGGACUUCUCUAGUUCAAACUGCUUCCCUGAUCUGCUUCCCUCCAGGUGCAUAUAUAAAAACAUUACUCCCCUUUUUCUUUUGGGUGUCUGCCAUUCAGUUCUUAAUGUUUUUUCAUUUACUAGUACUGUUGGUGAUGGGGCUUGCUGCCAUCCACAGUGCUUCCAGAGAUGCUAUGAUUUAGAAAACCAACUACAGCUGUUAUACUGGCUUUCAGGUUUGGGCUUCCAAAGAAUCGUGCUGGUUUUUUCCUUGCUUAUGGUUUAUUAGUAACAGGAGCACAAGAAAAAGGUAUUGCUAUAAUCAGGCAUACCGGUAUAAGAGAAACCUGGCUUGUUCCUUAUCUGAUGAGGUAAGCCCAGUAGUUUUUAUGGUCUUAUCCUAGGAAGCCUGCAGCUUUUCAGCAGAAUAGGAAUUCCUCAAUAAUUAUCACUGGCAACCCUACAGUAUGUAGUCAUAAACAUGUUUCCAUUUUGUCCUUGAGUAUGAAGAUGGCUUGAAUGGAAUUGUUACAGAUCCCAAAAAUUCUGUCUUACUUCAGAUGCCUUUGUAAUAUGCAAUGGGAGGGCUUAAUAUUUAAUUAGAUAUAUAGUGAGUUCUUGAAAUAUAUGAAAUUUGAAUUGCUUAUUGGAAACUCAAGCUUAUAUCCAUUUACAGGUUUGUAGAUGGAUGUAGAGAGAGGACAUGCUUUAAUGUACAUGUUGAUCAGUGAAAAAUUUUCGGUACACCAAACGUACCCCAAGAGGAAAAGAUACAAUCAGUUCCUAAAAUAAAAAAUUGAGCCCAAGAACUUUACUCCUUCAAUUAGCUUUAUAUAUGUUUCUUGUUCCUUAUGCAGUUAAUUACCUGCCACACACACACAAGGAAUUUCCCAGUGUAUUUAAAUUUUUAAAUACGUAAAUAAUUGGGAGACUUUUUUUGAAACCAGAUUCUGUUGGACAUCUGGUUGUCAGUUUGGUACUAUUAAGAUAUGUACAUUUAAAAGGACAUUUGGACUGUGUGACUAUGUAUGAAACAAUAUUUUGCUAGGCUUGAAAUGGUUUGAAGAACACUGCAUUGGUGUUCUGCUCUUACUCAAGUGGAUGGGGAACUUCCUGCAUCUACAAUAUGUUGCAUGAAUUAAAAGUGGAAGUAGUUGAUAGAGUGAAGGAUUGUUUAGUAGAGUCAAAACAAUUACCAGUUUUGUUUAGAAAUUUAAUCAGAAGUUGCAUAUUGGCACUGAUUUCAUUGUGCUAACUGAUCCAAUACAGGAUCAGAAAUACAAGACCAGAGAAAUGGAUUGAUUGAAAGAUAAGUGUGAGACAAAAAUAUAAUUUUAUUAAUUUGUUCUCCAAAGGACACUGAUGAUUUAUUCUUCGUGUUGAUACUUCUGUAUAUUUUUCUGUACAAAUAUUUUAUGAAGAUCUCUGCCAGGAGAAGCUGCUUGCAGUUAUAUAGGACCCUGUCUUGCACUUUAGUACCUUGAAAUUUGUGCUGGACAUUUUUGUGAAUGCUUUGUUUUGUUUUACAGGAACUGUUGUACCUAUGAAUUGUAUAGCUUUAGCAUAUGUUCUUGUGAAUACGUGCUUCUUUAAGUUGGCUUGAACAGAUGAACUCUAGAAAAUAAUUUUCCUAUGGAAAGUGACAAUGGAAUGGUAGAAGGUAGAAUUGAGUCCAAACCCUAUUUUUUGAAGAAUUUAAGUCAGCUGAAAUGAAAAAAAGAGUAAGGAUUGAAAGGAAAAAUCAAUGUGUAUAGCAUGUUCUAAUGCAUCUUUUGAUCACUUCUGAUUUGUUUACUGCUCUCAACUUUUAUCCCACAAAAAUGCUUUUUCCCUUUGAUUGAUUAAAUUAUUUAUUAAUUCAGAGAUUUACAAAAAUAGAAAUGUUAAAAUCAUGUGAGGCUUCAACAACUAGUCUUCCAUCAAAGCUUUCAACUACCAACCUGAUGUCAAAUUUUGGAAGGGUAAUUUGGACAAAGUUGUUGCUUGCCAAUUCAAAGAAGCUAUUUGUUGUGCAACAGCUGUGGGUUUUUUCUUUCUCAAAAGUUUUAAAGGAAGAGGCGUCAUUAUGGGUCAGAAGGUGUAAAUUGGGAUAAUUCACAUUAUUUCACACUGACAAAGGAAGACUGUUUUCUUGAAAGUGGUGAAGGAAUAUGUUCAAUUCCCACCUUUCUGAACUAUUUUAGCCUCCUUUAUUCUACAUUAGAUUGCAGGCAGCAUUAACAUAGUAAGAGCCCAAUUCUUCUGAGCUCUUAAUAUGAGUUCCAGAGAAAAUAUGAAAGCUAUGCUUUCCCCAAAGAGGCAAUGAAUCAUGGCUUAGUAUGAUAAACAAGCUCCAUUUGUAUGUUAUGUGAGUGAAGCUGGAAACUGAAAUUAAUAAAACCUGAUCACCUUCAACUCAAACUUAUAUGAUGGCAUUAAUUUAUUAUAGAUUUAAUAAGGGAAUACAGUAAUUUUGGUAAAUACACAAUUGCUACAGGAAUGGUGUUUGUUUGAGAGAGCAGAAAAUGCAUGUUACAUUGCUUAAAAUGCACCAUUUCCUCCAAUAAGAAAAGUUGACUAUAAGUUGAGUUUAAGAUGAUCUUCAAGAAGAGCAUUGUCAUAUGUUGGUGUAUGAUUAAUGAAUAUACAUUUCAUAUUAUCAUUAUAUUGUACAUUACAUUGGUAAUGUUUUCUUUGGUUUCUAAGACAAGUAGAAAAUUUGUAGCUUCUCAGUUUCUAGUAACAUUUUGCUAUACUAAUCAGGAUUAGAUGCAUUGCUUCAGCAAAAUGUAGCAUAUUAUGGCUGUAGAUUUUUUGACCCUUUAGUUUCUCCCAUUUAAAAAAAUAUGCCAAAGUGAUCAGUAUAGUACCAACAUUUUUAAAGUUGUUCAGUGGUCACAAAGUUAGUUCAAGUCCAGAUUGAGAUCUAAUCCUAUUACUGUACAUUUUUUCCUGUUUAAUAAUUCCUAUAUGCAUAGAUAGUUGAGCUGUUCAUAUUUUUGGUGUGCAUGUUCUUUAUGUGAGAAAGAGUAUGUAGAGAAAGGGCCAUUUUUUAAUUUGCUUGCAGCUAAGAUGUAUAUAUGCUAUUUGUGCAUAUGCUGUAAUGCCUUGUGCCAAAGAAGGUAAGAUCAUUUGAUGUUUCAUGUUUGUAUUUUCAGCAUGAUUUGGAAAAGUAACCUCUUAAGCUAGAUAACAACAGAGAUAUGAGUAAAUGUAAAAAAGAGAGAGAGAGAUGAAGUUCUGUAUUAAGGAAAUUUAACAUAAGUGUACAAUUUGAUAUCCUCCAGUACCUUAAUAGAUUUUGUUCCUUGUGAAAUACUAUUUUCCCUAAGCCACUGAAGGAUUAAAGAAAAAAACUGCAAUAGUUAUGAAAACUACUACAAGUUAUUGUAUAAUUAUGAUGUUUCUUGAUUGUGCAGAUUGAUGAUGAAAUAGAAGCAGCUGUAAUAUGACUAUACAAUUAUUUUUGUUUGAUGAGAUUGGACUGUCAGUUGAACAAGACUGUAUGGCAUUCUUUAAGAAAUGUUAGGAAAUAUGAACUUGUUAAAAAAGUUGACAUGUACUAGGUUUUCCUUUCCAUUAAUAGGAAACUUUCUUGAAAGAGACAAUCUAAUAUAAAAAAGGCAAAUUCUCAUCACCUCCUGGAGCUAAACAUUAAACAUGUACAAGUUUAAAGCAGAUUUGAAGAAUCCUGAAAAAUUUAUAAUUUUAGACCCAUAUAGAUAUUGGGCAUCAGCCCAAAAGUUUAACAGUGAACAGAAUUUAUUGGAGGAAGCGAAAUUUUAAUAUAUCAAAAAUACAGAUUUUAAUUGGCCCAACUAAACUUCACACACACCCUCAGUGGGAAGAGAUACAAAGUAUAUUUGCACUAAUGAUUUUAUUUGGCUGUAAUAUGGUGUGUCUGUACAUCUGACAACCAAUUUGGAGGUUUGUAUUAUGGCAAAACCAAUCUAAAAUACACAAAAGGGUGCAGUCCUAUGCAUCUUACUGGGACUAAAUACUAGUGAGCAUAUUGAUGCUUCCUUCUGAAUGUAAGAUUGCACUGUAAAUGCUUAUUUUGAUAUAUUUAGUAAUGGCAUUGUUAAGAUAAAGUUAGCCAUUGUAGACCCCAGACUGCUGUUCUUUUAUAAAUUGUGAUUAGCCUUUCAGACCUAACUACACAGUAGGUUCCCCAUUUCAGAAAAAAGAGAAUGACUGUUCUUUAGAACAAUUCCAAAUUUCCCUUGAACUCGAAAAACUUUCCAGAUACCAGCAAUAAGUUGUUUCUGAUAGAUUCCUCCAGCUUUGUGCGCACUAGUCAAAUGCAGCCUUGUGACACUCUUCCAUUUAUGUCUGUAUAUAUGAUGUAUAUUUUAAUGCAUAUUUUUCAGAGUUCACCUUUCCCUAACAAAUUGCACUUUAAUAACUUAUUAGAGAUGUGGGGCUGUAUCCAGCUAUUUUAUGGGAUAUAAACAGCAGCUUUUUCUUAAUGGUUGUUACAAUCUUUCAUUGGUAACCUUUUCUUUAAAGUGUGGUCAGAAAUACCACAAAAUCAAAAAAAAAUUAAAAAAUCAAAACAGGGCAUUAUUUGUCUACUGAACUUAGAAAACAUUUUAGUGCCAAGAACAUCCCAUUUAAGAGGGUUUGAGCUGUGUUCUUGUUUGCACUGCUUGAUGUGUCAGAGUGACUCCUGGAUUAAUUGCUUAUUCGCAUAGUCAUAGUUUUCUUUGGCAUACAUAUGGCAAUGUAUUUAAUGGAUGGGAGAAAAACAGGCCAGUUGUGUUUUAUUUUUUGGUGUAUUAUUUGGGGGGGGGGGAGGUUAACCCCUCAUUAAUGGCAUGGUACUUGAGUUGAUAUUUUCCUGACCCCAGUGCCCAAGUUACCUUUGCACACAAAAGCUUCCUUUGCACAGAAUGAGCUUCUUGGGAUUUUUGUACAGACUAAUUGAAUGUAUUGGAAAGGGAAGGGUUCAGGGAACAAAUUCCAAACAAAAAUUUAAAAAUGUAGAAAUUGCAGUUUUGUUGCCUUUUUAUGAGUGUUUGCUGCGAAACAGAUUGUAAUACAAACAAGGAGGACAGAGCGAAUUUUAAUUGAUGCAAUGUGUGGCUUUAUUUUUGUACUGAUGAUGGUUAAAAGACUGUACAUUUAUUUAUUUAGAUGAUUUAUG